ACGGGGGCGCAACUGAGCCAGUUACUGGCAAAGUCAGUCUCGUCUGGACAUUGUAGCAAACUUUCUCGGUCCGUCAGGAGUCAUGUCGAAUAACAGCGCAGGGGGUUUGGUGAGCCUGCAAAAAAACGUCAAACAGCUGCGAUUCGAAGCAGGAAUCCGCCGAAUUAAGGUUUCUCAAGCUGCGGCAGAUCUGAAGACAUUUUGCUUGCAAAAUGCACAUAAGGACCCUCUCCUCAUGGGGGUGCCAUCAAGCGACAACCCCUUUCGACCACCCAAAUCAUGUGCGCUCUUCUGAGGAGUCGUGAAGAAUGUGGAGAAACUUCUGAACAUUCCUCUUUUACGCAAAUGUUUUCAUUACUCAACCCUCAGAUCCUCUUUACAUUACGGCAGAGCUGGAUCGUCAAUGCUAUUACACUAAAUUGUUUCAUUUGUAAGCUGCACUGUGACUUGAAGUCUUUCACUUUCUGUAUGUUGUAAGUUAUGAAGAAAAGUGAGUUUUAAAAAAGUUUAAUUUGUAUACUGUUCAGUAUGGACAUGGUAGUGCAGAAGUUACAGUACCAGUCAAAAGUUUUUGAACAGUAAGACUUUUCAUGUUUUUUUAAACAAUUGUUUGAUCCAAAAUACAGUACAAUCAGUAAUAUUGUGAACUGUUUUUAUCAUUUAAAAUAACUGCUUUCUGUUUGAAUAUAUUUUAAAAUGUAAUUUAUGUCUGUGAUCAAAGCUAAAUUUUCAGCAUCAUUACUCCAGACUUCGAUCCUUCAGAAAUCAUUCUAAUAUGCUGAUUCGCUGUUCAAGAAACAUUUUUAAUUAUUGUUAUUUUCAGUAUUUAAAACGGUUAAGUACAUUUUUUUCAGGAUUCUUUUACGAAUAGAGCUAUCCAAAGAUCAGCGUUUAUUUUAAAUAAAAAGCUUUUGUAACAUUAUACACUAUGUCAUUCAAAAGCUUGGAGUCAGUAUAAUUUUUUAUAGAAAUUAAUAAUUUUAUUUAGCAAGGAUGCUUUAAAUUGAUCAAAAGUGGGGGUUUUCUGAGCGGAAUAUUAUAAUAUUAGAAUGAUUUGUGAAGGAUCAUGUGACUGGAGUAAUGAUGCUAAAAAUCAGCUUUGAAAUCAGGAAUAAAUUAUAUUUUAAAAUAUAUAGUUAAAAUAUUUCAAAAUUGUACUGUUUUUGCUGUACAAAUAAAUGCAGGUUUGGAGAGCAGAAGAGACUUAUUUAAAAAACAAUCUUACUGGAAAAUCUUACUGUUCAAAAACCUUUGACUGGUAGUGUACACUAUUAGGAGGAAAUUAAAGUGUUCAGUUGGUCAAACAGUCCACUGGAAAAGUGAUGUCAAAUAUGCAAAAAUAUUCAGUUCAUUUUUUUUCUCCUGUGUAGCUAGAUCUAUUUGAAUAUCAGCCUUGCAGAGAAAAAUUGCUAAAUGCUUUCUUGUUGUAAUGUGUUAAGUUUAGGAUAAAACACUGAAUUUCUUUGUUUAUUGAUACAAUUAGGCUUAUAUACAUGAACUACUGUUGCCAUAAAAACUCAUGUGUUUAAGGUAUUUAAUUGUAUUAACCACAUAGCUCUAUUGAAGGAGAGAGAUGUCUUGAAUCUCAGGUUCUUUUUUGAUAAAGAUCGAUGCUGUGUUUCUGAAUACUGAAUGAGGUACUACUUUUUUUUUCAAAUGUAUUUUCUCUAAUCUAGAGGGUAAAGGUCUCUGCAUCAUUUUGACAUUUCUUAAAUGUAGCGUUAACACAAGACACAAGUGCAGAAUUAUAUCUGUGUUUUUAGUGAUACUUGCUGGUGAAAGGGUGCUGCUGGCCUUUUACUCUAAGAAUUUGAACACCAAAUGACUGUGAGUUUAACAGAUGGCUUUUGCAUAUACUCUCUGCCCUCGCAUGCUUAUUUAUCUCAUUUUUUAUCUGUACUGUAUCUUAUCAGUCAACCACUGGACAUUCAUGCAAAUGUCACUUCUACUGCUGUCCUGCAUCGUAAACUUUUUCGGUCUCUUUA